AUGGCCGAACUCACCACCACCAAACUCGACCCGGACACGCACCUCAUCCUCGACCAACCCCUCCUCCGCCUCCCGCACGAGCUCCUCCGCAAGAACUUGAAAUCCGCCCAGAGACAAAUCGAAUUGGCCAACAAGUCCAUCACCACCAGCAUCACCGCAUCCGCAACCGCCCACUCCACCCCCGCCGAAACCCUCGCGAGCCUCGACGCCACGCUCGCCAAAGCGCAGAAUCUCAAGCGCAAGCUCGAAGCUCUCCACGCGGAGGAGCGGACGCUGCACCGGCAGCAGAAAGCGCGGAUCCGGCAUUUGCAGGAUUUGCACGAGAUACCCAGCUUGGCGGAUGUCAAGUACGAUGUGUGGUCUCACGUGCGGUUGGAUAGACUGUUAGUUGAUUACCUGCUCCGGCAAGGGUACGUGGAGAGCGCGCGGCAGUUGGCGGCUGGCAAGGGGGUGGAGGAGUUGGUGGACAUCGCCGUGUUCGAGGAGUGCGGCAAGAUCGACGCAGCGCUCCGGGGUGGGGAUGUGAGGGAGGCGUUGGCGUGGUGUGGGGAGAACAAGCAGGCGUUGAAGAAGAUCAACAGUAACCUUGAGCUUGAGCUACGGCUACAACAGUUCAUCGAGUUGGCGCGGACGGGGGAGAUGGGGAAACUUAUGGACGCCAUCAUCCACGCGCGCAAACAUCUGGCCGGCGGUGCGGAUACGGAGUUUGGACUCCGGGCGGGAGGACUACUGGCCCAUCCUCCUGAUACGCUGGUGGAGCCGUACAGAGGGAUGUACAGCCGGCAACGCUACACGACCCUCGCUUCGCUGUUCUUGCAAACCCACCACACGCUAUUCUCACUCCCCGCGCAGCCAUUACUGCAUAUUGCGUUGUCGGCGGGGCUGUCCGCGUUGAAGACGCCGACGUGCCAUAGUGUGCACAACCACAAUAUCGGCACGAGUAGUGCUGGUCACUUCAACAGCAAUGCGGCGAGUCUGACCGGAACGCCGCUGUGUCCAAUUUGUAGUACGGAGUUGAACGAGUUGGCGAGGGCAGUGCCGUAUGCGCAUCAUACGAAGAGUUUCAUGGAGGAGGACCCGGUCGUGCUGCCGAACGGGAGGGUGUAUGGGCGGGAGAGGCUGAGGGGGUUGAAUGAGAAGUUGGGGACGGGGAAGGGGAGGGUGAGGGAUCCGGUGGAGGGGUUGGGUGGGCUGGAGUGGAGGGAGGAGGAGGUUAAGAAGGUGUUUAUUUCGUGA